AUGUUAACUUCCAGUAUCAAAUGUGCCCAUCUCAAUGUUAGAUCCUUAGUUGCUCAUUUAGAUGAUUUCAAAAACAUUUUAUUAGCAAAUGAUUUUGACAUUGUGUGCGUCGGUGAAACUUGGUUGUGUUCCAAUAUAACAAAUGAUGAUCUUGGUAUUGUUGGAUAUAGUUUUGUGCGCCGGGAUAGAGUGGGUCGUGGAGGCGGAGUUGGUAUUUUCGUGAAGAGUCAUUUCGCUUUUAAAGUUGUGCCUAGUGGUACAGAUAUAGAGCAGUUGUGGAUUGAGUUGAAGUUGCCUGGGACUAAUAUCGCUAUUUGUUCAACUUAUAGACCACUUACCUUCAACUACAAACUUUUUUUGGAUGCAUUCGAAACUGAAUUAUCGCAGGUUAUACCGUUGGUGAAUGGUAUUAUUUGUUUUGGCGAUUUCAAUAUUGAUUUGCUCGAUAUCAAUAAUUCUGAUUCAAUAUUUGUCAUCAAUUUUUUUGAGGGUCUUGGCCUUAAACAGUUGGUCGAUGAGCCGACUCGAAUAACAAAUAAGUCUGCCACACUCUUAGACUAUAUACUUGUUAACUCGGUUGAUAUGGCUUCGUCCAUAAGGGUAGAGUCAGUUGAUUUUUCGGAUCACGAACUGAUUUCUUGCAGUCUAAAGCUGAAGGUGAGCAAACCUAAUCCAAGGUUGGUUACAUCGCGGGAUUUCAAAGGUUUGAAUGUCUCUCAGUUCGACUGUGACUUGCGAUCUAUUCCAUGGCGCAAUAUCUAUGACAUUAAUAAUGUAGAUGAUAAAGUCGACUUUAUCUGUGGCAACAUUGUUGCUCUUUUAGAUUUAAAUGCGCCAUAUAAAACGUAUCGCACAACCAAGCCAUAUGCUCCUUGGUUCACGGAGUCCCUUCGAGCUUUGAAGAAGGAUAGAGAUAAAGCUCUGUCUAAAAUUAAAAAGUGCAGGACUGAACGUCAUUGGAAUCACUAUAGACUGCUCCGCAAUCUUUUCACUGUCACUGUAAGAAAAGAAAAGAAAGCAUUCUAUGACAAUAAACUGAAAGACAAGAAGGGAAAGGAGUUGUGGAGGAAUCUGAAAUAUUUGAAUGUAAAAACAAGUAUAGACUGUACAGUUAAUUUACCGGACCACUUGUCCGAUGUUAAUUUAAUUAAUUCUCAUUUCGUCAAUUCAAUACCAAAGUUGAAAACAAACAAGGAUCAAACAUCUUAUUAUGAGAACAAUCGAUUUGGAGAGGCGGAUUUUUCUUUUCAUAACGUUUCGGAGAUAGAAAUUUUGAAAGUUAUUGCUGAUAUCAAAAGUAACGCAACAGGCUUGGACGGUAUAAAUAUAUUAACCUUGAAUCUCUGCUUGCCAUUCUUGUUGCCUUACAUAACUCAUAUGGUCAAUUACUCCAUUUCGAAUUCCGUGUUUCCGAUGCAGUGGAAGAGAGCCCGUGUCAUCCCACUACCUAAAAAUCAGAAUCCUUCAAGUUUUAAUAAUUUGAGACCAAUAAGUAUCUUACCGACCCUUUAA